AUGUCCACGGUCGGAGAGAGCCGUUCUCGGAUUUCCAUAAUUCCUCCUUCGGGUUCUCCAGAGGCGCCUGCCGCCGGCGCUCCAGCUGGAGAUCCUCGAAACGCGAAGGGACCGCGCAGAGCCUCGCAUCGCCCUUCGUUGUCGCCUGGCCCUCUUCAAGCAGCGCCGGAGUCUCCUCAGUCGCCUGCGCCUGCUCAGCCCGUCCCUGCGUCUCUCGCUGUCUCCUCUGCGUCUCCGGUCCCCGCGUUCGCUCCGGAACUGAACUGCGCGGAGUGCAAACGGCCGGUGGACGAUGUGCUGGUCUUGUCGUGUCAGCACAACUUGUGUCUGUUGUGUGCCGUCGCGUGCCUGCGGGGGAUUCGGAAGGCAUCGCGGCGCCGCGCGAGUCUCCGCGACGGCUCCGAUGACGACCGGCCUGGGCCCCGCUGGGCUUCGCAGACUGGGAUGCUGCAGUGUCCCAAAUGCGGAGUAGUCACGCACCUGGCAGCGUCCACGUUGGCGACACUGGGAGGCGCGCGGAAGGCGAGAAACCGGCUCGAAGACCCCAGCGGGAACGCUCUGUCUCCGGUCUCGAGCGCGCCGUCUGCGCCCUACGUGUGCGCGCAGUGCGAGGCGAACGAAGCGUCCGUGUUUUGUCGAGGCUGCGUCGCCAACUACUGCGACACGUGCGCAUUGACUGUCCACGAACGCCACCCUCGGCUUGCAGACCAUAAAUUCCGCCGGCUACCGCAGCCCCGCGACGCCCGGUCCGAGAGCCGUGCCCCGUCGGAGGGCCCGGUGCGGUUCCUCCUCCCCGUCUGCGGUCGCGCAGCGCAGCGAGCGAAGCUGCUCGCGGCGAACCACGUGAGAACCUUCGACGACUUCUCGCGCGAAGGUUCGAGCGAGGGCUCUGCGCGGUCUCUGCCGUUACCGACUCUCCCGGUGCUCCCCACGGCGCGGCGCGCGGGCCGCGCGCACUUGCUCGCGCCGCUCAGGCCGGCGGGAUCCAAGGCUUGGGGCCCCUCGGGCGCGGAGACACCUAGCGAGGAGACAGAGAGUGUGGCGAGCGUACGGGGCCGGCGGCCGCGGGAAGAGAGCGUCCACAGCAGUGCGCUGGGGGAGGUUGUCGCGGACCGGACUCGGCACCUUUCGCGGCUGUUGAAGCGGGCGGGCGAAGGCGGCAACGUCGAGGAGUUUCUGCGUCUCUGUUCGAUUUCGAACCUCGAGUGCGACACGCACCCUGGCGAGCCGGUCCGCUUCUUUUGCAUGACCUGUCGGUCUGUGCCGUGUCUGUGCACGCAGUGCAUUCUGCGCAGGGAGCACCAGAACCACGCGCUGCAGCCGAUCGCUCAGGCUUGGGACGAGGUUCGCUCGCGUCACCUUGAGGACGAGUUCCGCAGCGCCGUGGUGCUCGUGAAGGCGGACGUGGACGCAGUGAAGCAGGCGCUGCGCGACAAGCGCCUGGAGUGGGGCAAGACGCUGUUUGACGACCGCGCGCUCGUCUCGCAGACGGGCGACUUGCUGAAGGAGCGGCUGCGCGAGCGCCAAGAAAACCUCCAGUUGUCUCUCUCGACGUUCACCGCCAAGUUCGCGUUCGAGUGCGACGCGUUCCGGAAGAUUGUCGACGAGAAGGUGGAGGAGACCCAGCGGGCGAUGGAGGAAAUCCGGUCGCACAAAAACUCCCUCGACUCGCUGUUGCUCCUCGGCUUCUGCCGCGAGCGCCACGAGCAAUUUGAGAAGUUCGUCGAAGAAGACCACCCUUCGCAAGUUGCCCACCUCCCAGACAGCAGACAGGCGAUCCUCGAUCACGCCUCGCAAGUGACCGACGAAAUCUGCGCUCUUGUGGAAGACCUCCGAGAGGGCCUCGCCACGUGCGACGGCAGCCUCGCGAGGCAGCGCGCCGAGGAGGCUCGACGCGCCGAGGAGGCCCGCACGGCCCCACAGAGUCUCCCCAGCACACUGGCAAAGCGCGCAGACACCGACUCCCAAGACGAAGAGUUAAGCGCGACAGAAGAAGAAAAAGGCGACACCGAAGAAGAAGAGGAAGAAGAAGAGGAGGAAGAAGAGGAGGAAGAGGAAGAAGAGGAAGAGGAGGAAGAAGAGGAGGAAGAGGAAGAAGAAGAGGAGGAGGAAGAGGAGUGA